ACUUUAUAUAGGACACAUAGUAAAAUGGGCAUCAGUACUCGAAUCACUUCGACACAUUAACACUUACAAUGGGAAUCCGAUUUAAGAUUCGAGAUACAUGAUUGGCCCACUACUCCAUACAAUAAUAUUGUCGCGGGGUGUAUCUCCAUCACGUGAUCACGCGUUCUAGGAACACGCGCAUCAUCAUUCAAGGUCAGUGAUUCAGACAGAAGUCUUUGCAAACGAGUCUACGUAAAUUCUACGCCACAAACACCGGUGUACUAAUAUGUGAGACUGGGAAUGACCGUUUACUGAAAAAUGGAGGUGUGGUCGGGAGACAUUGCAUGCAAUGCUGAAUCUUCGUUGAAAGGCAUACGGCUGCUCAGUUCCAUAUCAGACACUUAUUAUGAUAUUAUACCUAAAGAUGCAAAACUUUCGGUCCGCUCUCUUGUCAAUCCAGCCUUGAUACCCCUGUACGCGCGAGCGGGACCGAGCCUUGAAUUGCACGCGACGAAUGUUGAUAGUUCGCAGUGGUUGAAGAGCAAACUCCUGAGUAAUAUUUGGCUCGAGGAAGAUGCCAUUGAGAAGGGACAAUCGAUACAAUGCCCUAUUGGUAUCCUACUCCAAGUGCAGAGCAGCAGACGAGGAACCACUGUCGGACAUCCCAUCUCUGACAUUCUGGUUUAUGGGAUCCUUUCGAACAGGGCUCCGCUUGGACGUCCGCCGACUCCUCCAGUCUCGUCGUCGCCCGAUGUGCAAGAAGAAGAGGAUGGUAGUGGUCUGGUGAAGAGAGAGCUCAGGGUAUAUGCCUCUCCGCUAUCAGGCAGUCUUAUUAGCAAAGCUCAAGCUUUACCUUCUCCACCGUCGAGUCCUGAAAACAGGUCUCUAGGCAGCAAUGGGCAUUUUGCAGAGUUCAUCCCGGAUCUACGGUCCCCGAGUCCCAAGCGCAAACGGGUGGCCACACUAUUUGAAGUCGCUGCGCAGCACCAUAAGAGAGUCCGGCAGAAAGGAGGAGAGGCUGUCUCGCAGUUGAUGGCGCACGCCAAUUCUCAGUCCAUCCCUCCAUUGAAUCCUAUCAAGAUCAAGAAGGAACCAGAUGAGAUUGGAAACUACGCGCUGGAGAGAAUAUCUUCGCAGCGAGCACGGUCUCUUUCGUUAGGCGGCAGCCUCCGUGCCUCCAGACCUGCUGAUAAUCGUCUGGAGAGCCAGAGACCUAGCACGGCUAAGAGCCACGGCAGGAAUACCAUCAGCCGAGCAAAUACUCCUAAUCCCUUCCACGACUCCUCCAGUCUGCGAAUCGAAAAGUCAGAAGUACCAUCUUCUCAAAGCAACAGUGAUCCCCUAUCAGGACCGAAGGAUGUCGCUACAAUUAUCUCUGAGAAUAAAACCCUCAUGACUAGGACGAUACUCACUUGUAUGCGUCUCUAUGGUUACCAUCGGAGCAACUCGCGAUCGUCGACAAACAAGAACCAUGCAGCGACGCAGGCCGAUCUAGAUUCAUUCAAUGCAGAAGAGCGCGACACGCGUACUCCUGCUCCCGAGAAUGGCCCAUCGACGAAUUCCGCUGGUGGCUCCGAUGAGGACGAAUUCAGAUCCAUGUAUCAUGCCACCUACAAGGCUGCGACCUUUGCUCUGAGACGUUACCUCAGGGAAGGAGAUCCUACAACUGUAGAAUCUGGAACGUUGCCGCCUAUCUUGGAGAAGGAAAAAGCAACAAAUACUAUUGACGGUCUUUUACGGCUUUUCUGUGAGGACGCCUAGCUUGAUUGGCGUUGCAUGGGCAUGGGAGCAUCAGCAGAGAGUUUCUACACGACGUUAUGAUAUGGAGGCUAAAACUACUUUGCAUA